CCCGGGAGCAAGAGACUGACUGCGCCUGGAGCCCAUCCGAAGGCGCCGAGAGGGCAGCGCUACCAAUGAAAGGCAAUCGGGGGCGUUGCAGACAGGCCAGCGCUGGAGUUUAGCGCCCAGCGGUGCAGCCAGCGGAGGCACAGCUGGGCAGCUGCGGUGGGGGAGGGGGGCCGCAUCCUUUGCAGACAACAAUUGGAGGCAUUCUCUACGUGCUGCAAAGAAGACGCGGGGGAAGGGGGUGUUAAUGUUUCACUCCCACUCAGAGAUGGGAGGCGGCAGGGACUCGGCGCACAGCUGGACUGUAAAGGUGGCUGAAGGCAACAGCCGCAGAUUGGUCUCAGUUCAAGUUUAAACAGGCAAGAAAGCAGGAGGAAGAAAUUGCAGAGAAACAGUCCAAGAUAGAUGCUCACUGGACUGGGCAAAACUCUUGUGGCCUUGGUCCUUUGCUUGGCAGACUUUCCACACAUGCUGGACACAGAUUGCUAAAUCCCAAGUAUUGCCAAGGUUUUUGGAUUAUAGAGAGACAUGGGCAAUUUCAAAGGUCAUGCUCUGCCUGGGAGUUUUUUCCUCCUCUUUGGCUUGUGGUGGUCAGUGAAGUACCCACUAAAAUAUGUCUGUCGAAAGAACAAGAAUGCUUGUUACCUUGGUUCCAGGGCAGGAUUUCAGCGCCUGGAAUUUAUUGAGGGGAUCGUCAAAGCAGUAUUUGCCCUGAUUGGUAUGAUAGCUGAGCAGUUUGUUCCUGAUGGGCCUCAUCUGAAGUUGUAUAAUUAUGAGGAAAAACACUGGGAUCACUUGAUGAACUGGCAGCAUGCCACCAUGUAUCUCUUCUAUGGCAUCUCAGGGCUGGUUGACAUUGUGGCUCAUGGCACCAAUGCAUUGCCAGUGGCCUUGGAUAGGAUGAUGCUUUCGUUAGCAGUUUUCAUUGAAGGUUUUCUCUUUUAUUACCACAUACAUGGGCGAGCCAUGCUGGAUUUUCAUGUUCAUCAGUUACUUUUAGUGGCUAUCUUUGGAGCAGCUUUUUGCAUAUUUCUGGAAGUCUUCUUCCGCGGCAGCAUUGUCCUUGAGAUGCUCCGGACGAGUCUCUGCAUUCUGCAAGGUAGCUGGCUCUGGCAGAUUGGUUUUGUACUUUAUCCUCCAAAUGGCAGACUGGAAUGGAACCAAAUGGAUCACAAUAAUAUGAUGUUCUUGACAAUGUGCUAUUGCUGGCAUUAUGCCUUUGCUUUUCUUAUACUUGCAAUGAAUUACACUAUUGUCAGCUGGGUGGUUCGUUCAAAGAUUAAACAGGCACAGUCCGUGGAGAUGGGAUUACUGAAAACAUCCGAACGAGAUCAGGAAUCAGAAGACGAAAUCUAGUUAUAUAAAUUCUGUUUUACCACUUUGCCUUCUUCACCAUUAAGAUAAUUUUUACCUCAUUUCUAGAUUAGUUUACCAUCUUGUUUGUUCUUCAUAUAACUCGCUAUGCAAGUAUCAUCCAUAAAGUACUGUAUACUGCUACAUAAUUAGAUUUUCAUUUGCAGAGUGUAGGCCUUAUAUUAAUGUGGUGUUUCCAUUAGUACAUUGUUCAUCACAUGCUUUAGUGGAAAAAUAUUUUCCUAUUAGAUGAACUUAGAUUGGAUGGGGUGACAUUGUCAAGUAAAAAUCAAUUCAGCCCAUUAAUAGCUGAGCAACAUGUUCUCCUCCUGCUGUUGGAGAAACUGGUAAAUUUCCAUAUCUAAAUAUGUCAAAAAAGCUGAAUUUGCUGAAUUGCCAGGCAUGUACAUAAAAUAAUUUACAGAACUUUAAAACAAUGGAAUAAGCACAUUAUUGAUGGAGACCUACAUCUGCAUUGUCAAGAAUAUCUUUGCUUGUUGUUUCAAAUGAAAUAGCAAAAAACUGCAAAUUGCAAACCCAUGUAGCAUUUAUCUGCACAGUCUAUCCUUUGUUCGUUACCACAUGUGCUCUACCAAACUUCUGCAAGGAGAUCAAGUAAAUGUAGAAAUGACCAUUGGGAUUGCCCAUCAUGAGGGGAAGUUACUCAUUGCAGUGACUUGACACUCCUAUCACCCUUCGCUUUGAUAAGCAGUACAUUGACCCUACUUUACAGCUAGGGGUAUUGGAACAAUUUUUAUAGUGGGGUGCUGAAAGCCUUUGAACAAAACUGUAAACCCUGUAUAUGAUGGAAACCAUGUAUGUGGUUGUUACUACUGCACCACCAGCACCCUUAGUUCCACACCCCUGUUUACAGCAAGUAUAGCAACUUUCUAUAGAAAGGCUGUUGUGUGUCAAACAGGGCAACAUCAGGCAUCCAAGUUAAUUCUGUACCCUAAAUUCAGCUCCUUUCCCAUACUGCAGUCUAGUGGGAUUUCAGUAAGGCGCUGGGGCAGUCACAUAACUGGAUGCAGUGCACAAAUCCAAAUGCUGUGCUCAGCAAUGGCAGCAUAUGUACUUGGACCCAGUCUGCAGCUGAGGGACCUGCUCUGUUCUCUCUGCACUCUCAUGGAGGAUGUUGAUCAUUGUAGAAUAGAGUGCUGUAUGGACACGUGCACACAGUGAUCAUUUCAAAAUCAACUCCGCAGGCGUCUUUGUGCAUUUCUGAAUGUAUAGUAAUUUGUACUGUACAAAUGAUUCUGUGAGGUGCCAGGUUUCAACUCCUGCUGCCGUAAGGAUACAUUCCAAUAUGAAUUGUAGGAUUAGGAAAUGAAUAAUACAUGGCAAAGAACAUUAGUGAGCCUUAUUGCAUGGCAGCAUACUGCCCCCAGGAGGUUCAAUACUUGAAGUACAUCUGUAACACAACUCAUUCUUUAAAAAGCCUAUAGUAGUAAUAGGGCAUGACUGGACAUCUGCCAUUCAGCAACAAUUACUCCUGGGAGAAUUCAGCACCAAAAAAUUAAAAAUUCUGUUCACAAUAUUUUAAAAUUCUGCAUAUUUU